AUGACUAGUGAUGUGAAGAAUAUGUUUGAUAAAGAGAGAAUUAAUCAGGAUCUAGCUGAAAAGCUUCGAAAAGAUCAUCCACUGCAGUUAUCUACACUAAUUCGAAUGCAUUUAAGUUUUUUACUUGAUUUAAACUGUUUAAAUGAAGAUAAUGAAGUGGAAUCAACAGACAAGACAAAGAGUAAGAAGAACUGGUUGUUUCAUAAAAAGAAGGCUUCAACAAUUUGUACAUCAAAUCCACACAAUAAAUCUCCUGAAAUUCCAAUAUUUCUGCCUGAAAUGAUGAAGCAGCUAAUGACUCUUAUUGACUUCCUUGAAAAGGAUGAAAAUUUAAAGCAAGAGGGAAUAUUCCGUAAAACAGGAUCUAUAACUAGACAGCAGGACUUAAAGUUCCUCGUAAAUCAAUUGAGGCCUCUCAUGAUAGAUGAUACAGAAUAUACAGCACAUGACGUUGCUAGUGUACUAAAAUCAAUUCUUAAUGAUCUUCCAGAACCAAUUUUAGUCGAGGCUUAUUUUCCGGCUUACUCACAAAUUGCAGAUAUAUGUAAUUCAAAAGAGAAUGACGAGCAUGAGAGGAUCCAGAAUUCAUUACAGCUAUUAUUUUUACUGCUUCCAAUUGAAAAUAGAAAUAUACUUGAGAAGCUCAUAAUUUUAUUACAUAAAGCAUCGACACUUGAGGCAUUCAACAAAAUGAAUUCCGAUUCUCUUGCGACAUUAUUUACACCACAUUUAGUAGUUCCACGUAAGCUCUCGCCCGAAGUUCUGCAUCAGACGGCUGCAAACAUGACAAAAAUGAUUAGUUUCAUAAUAACUAAUGGAUCAAAGAUCUUUUUAGUACCAGAAAAGCUAGCAACAGACAUAAAGGCAUAUUUAAUUGAGGAGAAGCGUCGAAAAGAGACACCUGAACGAAUUCUAGACGAAUCAGUAUCUGACUCAGUUGCAAAUACAGUAUUUACAUUUAUUGACAGAGAAAAGACAGCAGAAGCACACGGGCAAUCGACUACAGAUACAGCAUUGGCACAACUUUAUGCUCAUAUUCAGUCGUUGCCAGAGUCAUCAAAGAAAAAGAAACUUAUUAAGCAAUUUAAUAAACAGAAUGGACAAGGAACACCAUUGCAAUAUGUCAAUCGGGACAAGUCAGUCUCGACAUGCCGUUCCAUUGGCGAUUCCAUAAAAAAGCACAUAUUUCAUAAAACACUUAAUAAGACACCUAAAUGUUCUACUAAUACCCCAUCAUCAUCAAAAAUAACACGUACACCAUCUGUACAAACCUAUCCGAACAAAAGAAUCUUAUUCCAAAGUCCACUUCCUGCAUCAUCUAAACCAUCACCAAUACUGGAAUUAAAAUCAUCACCUGACAUUCAUAAUCAAUCUAUGAGCAAUUCAUCAACUUCAUCUACUACCUCAACAAACAGUAACGAAAUGUCACCAAUGAAGGCAAUAAGCAAGCAAACAAGCGAUAAUGAAAAUAAUCCUGUGGUUCCAGUUGACGAUAAUCAGUUUGAAAUGUCGAAUGAAAUGAUUGACGAUGAAGAUUUUGUUGAUUCUUCGGACGAAGAGGAUGAAAAUCUACAAAAAACUUUAAUUAAUCGAAAUAUUAUUUUGCCAGUUGAUGAAAUGGAGCAUAAAUCAUUAAUUUCUGGUGGAUCUGAAAGGAAGAAAGCAACAUCAAUAUUUAAAUCUCGUUUAAUGAAAGGCGUUAGUUUAGGGAAUUUAAAGUUUCCAUUCCAUUCGUCCACAGCGACUCCUAAAACGUCACCAAAAUUAAAGAAAUCCAAAUCUUCCAGCAUUUUAAUUGACAUUGAAAAGGAAAAGUUAUUAAUGAAAAGUGCGACAGAAAGCUUCAAUAGUUCUGAAGAAUCUGAAAUGUACUUUUCAAUGGAUCAUACUAAAGAAAGUUGGCAUGUUGAUGUGUCUAAUAUUAAUUAUUUCUUAAAUCAAACCGGCAUGCAAGAUCAUCAAGGUGGAGUUCGAAACUCUAUGUCACCAAUUACUAAAUCAACCCAACGAAUGCCUAAAUCCAUGCAGGAAUCGAUCAUGACACCGCGCUCGAGGAAACCUGUAAUGUUAUCGUUGUUUGGCAAUUCUGAGAGACAAACGAAUAUUUCACAGCUUUUAGAAGAAUCCGAAGAAGUUAUCCAAGAAAAUGAAGAGUUAUCCUCUCAACCAUUGCCGGUUCCAAUGAAAAAUUUGAACAUUUUGUCAAAAAAUAAUCAAAAUAUCUCAAAUGCAUCAUUAAAUGCUGCAAAUGACAAUGGAUUGCCAACAAUACCUGAACAUGGAUCGUCAAAUUCCUCUGGAUCUUUAUCAAGUGCCUUUAAGGAUUACAUGUAUUCACGUGGACAUCAGAUUUACGACAACGACCAAGACGAUUAUUCAUUUUCAAGUCAAUCCGAUGAUUUUGAAUCAUCAAAUGAGUACCAAAAGCUAGAAGAAUCUCACGAAGAAGUUAAGGAUAAAAAUGAAUCCAUAAAUACAACACAAGAAAUUGAUAUUGAUAAGAUCAUGAAUCAGUCAUCGUCAAUGAGCAAGAGCUUACUUCACUGUUUAGAUGGAAAUGAAACUUCACUUUUAUCGCCGCAAUCAUCAUUUGAGAAAAAUCGGAAACGACAACUUGACAAUGAUUCGCUGAGAGAAUCACCAACAGAAUCACUAAAACGUCCUCUAAUUGACAAAGAUUCUAAUUCGACAGACUUUUAA